ACUUGGCGUGAAUUAGCAACACAUUAUAGGAGCUAAUCGUUUUUAGCUUAGAGCAGCACCAUUAAUAAAGAUUCCUACUGUAUGAGCACAAUUUCACGGUUCAGCUAGGACUUGUUGCUGAUUGGACUCCAGGUUUCAGUUUGGAAAAAUAUUGGCAUUUUUAAAGUAAAGCAAAAGGGACUGUUUUCUGGGGGAAAAAAGGUAGCCAGAAGAAAAAAGCAUCUCUUGGAUAUUGCCCAUGGAUAUCAUUGGGGUAGGAACGUUGCUCCUUCUGGUCAUAUCCAGCAUUUUCAUGUACCUGACUUGGAACCAAAUGUACAGGAAAUGUAACCUUCCUCCAGGUCCAACACCUCUCCCGCUGAUUGGAAAUUUGCUGCAUAUAAAGUUUGGUGAAAUGGCAGGAUCAUUAAUGAAGCUUUGGGACCAGUAUGGACCAGUCUAUACUUUAUACUUUGGUAUGAGGCCUGUGGUUUUCAUUUGUGGAUAUCAGGCGGUGAAGGAAGCCCUUGUAGAUCACGCAGAAGAAUUUGCCCUCCGUGGAAGAGUUCCUACACUUGACAAGUUUACUCAAGGAUAUGGAAUUGGUUUUUCAAAUGGGGAAUGCUGGAAGCAAAUGCGACAAUUCUCAUUGAAGACCCUAAAGAACUUGGGACUUGGGAAGAAAACCACAGAGGAGAAGAUUCAGGAGGAAGCACAGAAUCUGGUGAAGAAUAUAAUUAAAACCAAUGGUUUACCAACAGAUCCAACCAGACUGGUUAUGGAUGCUGUAUCCAGUGUAUUUUGUUCUAUUAUAUUUGGAGACCAAUUUGAGUACAAAGAUAAGAAAUUCUCAAAGAUAUUCAGUUUUGGGGAAGAGACAUUACAACUUAUGAGCACACCUUGGGCACAGUUGGAGGAUACCCUUCCAGAGCUGAUGAAAUACAUUCCUGGGCCACACAAAAAGAUCAUAGAUGUAUCAGAAGAAAUGGUUGAGUGUAUACAAAAGAGAGUGGAGAUCAACCAAGCAUCAUUAGAGCCUACCUGCCCCAGGGAUUAUAUUGAUUGUUUCCUUAUCAAGAUGGAAGAGGAAAAACACAAUCCUAACACUGAGUUCACCAUGAGAAAUCUUUUGUUAUCGGUUCACAAUCUCCUUCUUGGUGCUACAGAUACUGUUGGUACCACACUGAGGCACGCACUCCUAAUAUUAAUGACAUAUCCUGAGGUACAAGCCAAACUUCAAAAGGAAAUUGAUCAUGUGAUUGGAAGAAACAGACUUCCUCUGAUGUCCGACCGGAGCCAGAUGCCUUAUACGGAAGCUGUGAUCAAUGAAGUCCAGAGAUUUGCGGAUAUUAUUCCAAUGAAUGUCACGCAUUCAGUGAAAAAAGACACCCAGUUCCGUGGAUAUACUAUCCCCAAGGGGACUGACGUCUACCCAUUGCUCUGUACUGUUCACCGUGAUCCCACCCAAUUCUCUACACCGUACAAAUUCAACCCCAACCACUUCUUAGAUGAGAAUGGUGAAUUGAAGAAGAAUGAUGCUAUGAUGGCUUUUUCUGCAGGGAAGCGGAGAUGUCCCGGGGAGGGACUCGCUCUCAUAGAACUCUUUCUAUUCCUUACCAUCAUCCUGCAAAACUUUACCUUAACCUCUGAGAAAAAGUUUACUGAUGACGAUAUUGCUCCAAAAUUAACUGGAUUUGCAAAUCAUCCCAUAUCUUUUAAGCUCUCCUUCAUUGCUCGAUAAUAUGGUUUUCAACUUACAUAAUAAUUUCUUUUUAAAAGUAUUUGAAAAUGUUGAUUACAAAUGUUAUUUUGCUUUGUUUAUGUCCAUAUUGAUCAAGCAUACAAAUUAAAAUAGGCUUUAACAUACUUAUUUUUUGCUUUUUUAUUGAUCAAUAUAGCACAUAUGAGGCCAUUUUUAUUGAAAAUAAGGAAAUUCUACUUUUGUGGACGAUGCAAAUCUAUAACAGUGAGAUAACCUAUUUAGCUCUUUCUCUCAAGCAAUGACACCACCAGAAGUAAAGUUUUUCCGUGUGUGGGUUAGCACAUAUAUUAUAAAUAGAAAGUAAAAUGCAAUAUGGGG